AUGACACCCCAACCCCGUCCGAACCUCCUUCCAACCCACGUCGAAUCCAUCGCCACGCAAAACGAUCCUCAUAGUCACACCCCAAUCGCCCAUCCGCACCCAACUCAAAAACUCGUCAUCCACCCUUCCACCUCUCCAUCCAUCCUCACCUCCCUCCAUCCACCUCCAAAAUCCACCCCUUCAGCACCCAAAACCUUCCCAGAACACACCCCAACCGUCCAAAGCAGCAUAAAGACUCACCUUAAGGGGUCCGCCGACGUUGUUCUGCACGAUGCGCUCGCUCGCUCGUGUGUUGAGGGUGGAUUGAUGGGGCGUGGGAACUGUGUGAUGGCUGACCAAUGGGAGUGGGGCGAACGGGCCGGGGUAAGACUUCGAGGAGGGUUGCACCCAACUCUCAUGUCCACUCAGCGUCCCACCGUCCUAGCAUCUCAACUCCCACCUCAGAGGACUCAGACGAGCGAGCCCAUCGACGCCCGCCCACCCACCCGCCGCUCCAGGCUGCGUGAUGCAUGA